GCGAGAACCAUGGCGGCGCUACUAUUGGCGAAAUUGUGCUUUCGCUGUGUCGUGCGCUUUUCCGACCGAGAGUACAUGCGCUGAGGGAGAAAAACCGUCGGGAUUGAAUAGGAAGAAAAAAUGAAUCAUUGCAGUGAAUCUAGCAAUGAUACGGAUGAAGGCGAUGAUCAAGAGGCGUCUUCUUUGCAAGAAGGAACAAACAUUGAGGACACCUUGACGUCUUUCAGGGAACAAUGGCAGCGCGAGUUGACGAUAUCACCUAAGCGCGACGAAUCAAAGAUGUAUUCGCCGAACCAGCCUAACAUUGAAGUCGCAAACGAUGAAGCCUCUAUCGAGAGCAAAAAACGUUACUUGUUUCAGGCAAAGAAUUUAUUUCUUAAAGGCAUUGAACACGAACAGAGCAGAAAGUUUUACGAGGCAAUCCAGUUUUAUAAACGUGCGGUACAAUUAGUUCCUGACAUUGAAGUUCGUUUGUACGAAUCAACGAAAGCAAAAGCAAGAGAUAUAUUUGAUGCUGAUGAUGGUUUUGAUACAUUAGACAAUGAUUUUUCAACUAACAACGACAGCGAAAAUCAUAAUGAAGUUGACGAAGAAGGAAAUGAUUUAUUUUUCAAGUUAUCUAAAAUUGUAAACCGCAAUCAAUGUGUAUGUUUCCCAAAAUUUGAACAAAGUACAACACAUAUAUCUGCGUUACCUAUGGAGAUAGUACUUUACAUUCUAAGAUGGGUUGUGUCAUCUGAACUGGAUUUCCGAUCGUUAGAAAUGUUCUCAAGGGUAUGUCGUGGAUUUUACAUAUCUGCACGAGACACGGAGAUCUGGCGACUAGCAUGCGUUAGGGUAUGGGGCGUAAAUUGUGGUACUUGCGAGCCAAAAUACAAAUCGUGGAGGGAUAUGUACUUGAAACGGCCUAGAUUAAGAUACAACGGAUGUUACAUCAAUAAAACAAGUUACAUACGCGACGGAGAAAAUAAUUUCCAAGACCGAUAUUACAGACCGUGGCAUCUUGUUGAAUAUUUUCGGUACCUGAGAUUUUUUCCCGAAGGAAGAGUUUUAAUGUUGACAUCGACUGAUGAAGCUCAAAGCUGCGUAAAUUCUUUACGAAAUCGCGUACCACGUAACCCAUCAGUUCUUGUUGGUCAUUUUCGAUUACAUGAUAAUUGUGUUACACUUGUGUUGAAAAGGCAGGAAACUAAAGGAAUCAAUUUCUAUAGAAGGAAAAAAAGAGAACCGGUGCAUGAUAGCGGUGAACAAACGUUCCAUAUUGAAUUCGAGAUACAGAAUCAUCAUAGAAGAGUUAACUCGCAACUGAAAUGGAUCAGCUACAGUAUUUUCACGAAAUAUAAAAAUGGACAGGAAGCGAAGAUUUGCCUAAAGGAACCAUCCGUAAGGGAAUUCAGGGCGUCGCCGAUUGGCGGUAGAUAUCCUCCUCUUAAAUUCAGCAGGGUAAAGAGUUACACUCAGGAGAGCGAAGUCCCGUUAUAGUAAUUACUGUAUAGCUCCUCUGAUCGACGGCACCUAAGCAUUUCAUUCUAAUUGAUCGUAUGAAUGCAUAGUCCGUGUCUGACGAGUUGUACUCUCUAACUCCAUUCUCUAAGAUACCCUUCCACCGUUCAAAUAAUUUAAUCAGCUGUUUCGGUUACAUCAACGAAUUCCAAUUGAGCAGGCAAUCUUUUAUCUUUGGCGCUACAAAACUGCUGGAUAAUUCAUCAAGUUUGUACGGUUUCUUAUAUAACUCUGCUUAUAUACAUAUAUCGCUAGACACUGGAAGUUUUCUAUUAGGCUUCAGUUUUUCACCUUCUAAAGCUUAAUCUACACUUCUAUAACAGUAUCUGACUUUUUCUUAUUGCUAUUACGUUACUUCCACCUCAUCGUCAUCUUUCUUUUCUAAAACGUACUCCACUGGCGCGCUUAUUCUUUUCAAUUGCUUACUUAAAUCUUUACCAGAUUCAAAUCUCUCAUCUAAAUCUAGAAUAUCUCUUCUAUUAAUUUACUAUUUUACUUCAUUUUGUUAUAAUAUAUAAAUAAAUUACGAUUAUAUAUUGGUCGUGAAAUACAGCAAUAAUUUAGCGCCAAUGAUAAUUGUAUGCCUUUCUAAACUACCCAUUUUGCUUCUCAUCAGCAAUGAAUUUACUUGAUUGCGUUUUUUACGCAGGCCCACGAUAUCGCUGUCCAAAUUCUAUAUACAUAUAAAUAAUCUCGGGUACUCGCAAUUCUCCAGCUCGCGUAAGGAUACACGGAGCGGUUUCGCGCUGCGUGUGUACUUGACGCGAGAUAUUAUCGUGUCUCUUGAUGGAAAUGUCUAACAAAUCGUAUGAAUCAUGACAGUACAAUUAUUGAAUUAUUCUUACAGAAGAAAAAUAAAUUAGUGAACGUAGUAAAUUCUCAAUAUGUUAUAAAAUUGAAA